GUAAUCCUCAUGCCCCUCCUCAGCCUCCACACGGAGGAUAAAACCUUCCCGAGCCUUUCCGAAACGCAACUCAUCUCUCCGACGAUGUUUCUCCUGCGGUUCCUCAGCACCUUUUUCACAGCACUGAUCCCGGACGAGGACAAAAAGAAGCUGAAAGCAGGCACAUAUGACAUCUCCAUGUUUAAGCGCGGGGAUCUCCUAGAGGUUCCACGAACGCUCUUCACACAUUUUGGGAUCUACCUGGGCAACAACCGUGUGGCUCACCUCAUUCCUGACAUCCUGCCCGUUAUCUCAUCUGAUAAAAGCGCCAUCUCCGCGAUGGUGACCAACAACCGGCUGAUCCUGGGUGCGAUCAUGAAGAAGGCCAGCGUUCGAGUGGACUCUGUGGAGGACUUUGCGUACGGAGCUGAGAUUCUGGUGAACAGCAUGGACAGGGUGUGCAGUCGGCCGCCGCUCCACGGUGAAGAGGUGGCCAGGCGAGCGGAGAAGCUGACGGGAUCCGUGGAUUACAGUCUGCUGUGGUUCAACUGUGAACAUUACGUCAUGUUCUGCAGAUACGGAACCAGCAUGAGCUUUCAGACCUACCAGGUACAACAUCUCACAACUCAACAUACAUUCUGUAAAAGUGUCAGGAAGAUGGUGUUCAGUAGGACCAGCUCGUUCCUGAGUCUUGUGAUGUGUGUGUUCAUUACGGUGUUUCUGGGCAGUGUGUCGGUGUGUGGAGUGUUACUCAUGCUGAUCAUUCCCUUCACCAUAUGGAUGGCAUCGUGACUCUAAAGGUUAAUACAGACCAUGGUUUACUGGUCUCCAUGUAACUUUUUGCAUUGUUAUUACUGAACACUGUCGUGUAGAUUAGGAGUUAUCACCGUGUUCAUCUCACUACUGAUAUACAUUAGUGUAGAGAAUAAAAUCUACAUCAAGCUGGUGGAAAGUUCCAGAUUACGUGUGAACACUGAAUCUUAUGUGAGAAUAUCUG